AGACCGACGGAACAAAUCCAGCAUCAUCACAUUGCUGCCUUUUGAGAGGAAGUUCAGAAUUUGAGAGCAGGAAUUACGACCUGGUUCGAAGUCCAUUGGCCGGUUGGAUCUUCAAGAAACAGCAAAAAGGGAGGACUAAAGCUGCCAUGCGGAGCAAGCUGGGUCCGAGCGGCCUGCUGCCGGGCCUGACUCUGGUCCUGGCUCUGGUCCUCUUCUGCCCGGCCUGCGGAGCCUCCUCUCUGGGCCUCGCGGUGCACGUCGUCCCCCUGGACGCCGACGGAGGCAACACGGUUCGGGCUCACUUCAGCGUCAUCGCCGCCGGUCCGUGCCCCUCUGUGUCGGGGCUGUGCUCCGCGGGGGAGGACUGCCUGGUCCACGACACCUCGGUGCCGUUCACCGGCGCCAAGCCCGGCUCUGGCUGGUGCGUCCGCCAGUGGCAGAAAACCGUGCCCAGCGAAUACAACGCCACCAUAGAUCUAGGGUCCAACACAGAAAUUUACGUGUCCAUGAACGCGAGACCGAAGGUUCGACAAAACAGCGGCAGACUGAACCAACCUGCUUAUGUUGGUCUGCCUCCUCCACUGAGGGGGCGGGCCGGGUGCCCCCACCACUUCCCCCUGUCGGUGAAGGACCUGGACGGUGACCGGGUCACGUGUCGCUUGGCUCGGCCCGACCAGGGAGAGUGUGUCAGCUGCCCUCAGCACGCCUUCAUAGAGCUGGAUGAGGAGAAGUGCACGUUGUCCUUCACUGGGGACACGCCGGUGGGGCAGUACUCCAUCUACCUGAUGGCGGAGGACCUGAUGCCUGACAGCGGCCCUCUGAGCUCUGUCCCCGUGCACCUGUCUCUCACCGUGGAGGAAUCCACCUCCAGCUGCCUCGAUGAACCCACGGCGACGGGGGACACCCCCCAGGAGGACACCACGCUGUUCGUCCUGCCGUACCAGCAGGUGCAGUUCGACACCGUCUUCACGUCACAGAGAGAAAGUGUUGCGGAGAUAGCGGUGAUCGGGCCCCCCGAACUCCACAGGGUCGGGUUCACAGCAGUCGGCCCCCUGGCGGCCAUGACGGUGGCCUGGAUCCGCUCCGAAAACCUGCUGCCCCGCCUCCUACCCGUCUGCUUCGUGGCCAACACCAACAGCUGGCAGUCGGAGCCGCGGUGCGUGUGGCUGUACCAAAGGCAGACGAGGGCGCUUCCCGCUGGAACAGUGCUGACGUGUGAGGAGGCGCAGAUGAACCUGGUGCUGCCCGUCGCCUCGCUCGGCGGCGUCGACCUGGCCGAGCUGCAGCUCAACAGCGCCACCUGUCCCGUCACCUACAACAGCACGCACCUGACCGCCGUCAUCCCGCUGAGCGGCUGCGGCACCAAGGCUGUGCACUCUGGGUCGGAUCUGGUUUACACCAACACUCUGCAAAGCGUGCGUCCGUUCACCGUAGUCAGCCGCCACCCCUCCCUGGUCCUCCCGCUGGUCUGUCGGAUCCCCGGAGUCCAGGCCCGGGGGCCGCAGUACAGGGUGCGCGUCCCCACCGAGAAGGAGUCCUUCGGCGAGGUCACGUUCUGGUUGGAGGUCCACCCGCCGGGGCAGGGGCCCCUGGGAAACUUCACGCGCGUACCCAGGUUCCGCUCCCUCCAGUUGGCGCCGAGGAGAGCGCGUCGAGAAGCGGCUGCCGUCGGGUCCAGACUAACCCUGCUGGACCUCCAGGUGAUGUCCAACAGCAGCACCGCCGCGGCCGAGAUGCUCGUGGGAAACUGCCGCCGGUCUGAGACGGAGGACUUUGCAGAGUCCACCUUCCUCCUGGAGAACGGGUGUUCAUCGUCCAACAGCACCCUUGAGGUUCUUACAGAAGAAAGGGACUCCAGGGUUUACCGCCUCGAUUUGAGCUCCAUCCAGACCCAAGGAACCACGAUGUACGUGGAGUGCACGGCGAGUCUCUGCAUCCCCACCUCGCCCUCUCAGAAGUGCCCCGACCUGUGCGCCGGCUCCGUCGGCCAAUCGGUGACCAUCACCAAUCUGUUCACCAAGGAGUACACCGUUCGCUCGGGACCCGUCAGCCUCCUGGUCGGCUCUCCCACGACGGCGAGCCCCGCGCCGGCCUCUUCACCGGGAGUCACCCCCCCGCCGGUCACCGCCGCUCCCACCGCCGCUCCAUCUGGCCAGAGCACCACCAGCUCACGGGCUCGUGAACGGGCCUCGGCGGCGGCAGCAGGAGUCGUUUUGACCGCGAUGAGCAUAUUUCUUCAACACGUCCUUCACUGAGCCUGCGUGAGGACCUGUGAGAACACGGAGCGGGACACGUGUCUCUCCGCCGUGUGUGUGAACACCUCCGUACACGCCGCACUAAAAACACCCCCCCCCCCAAAAAGAAUUGCUUCUCCUUUGACAUUUAAAAUCUCUUUUUUACAAUAAAACCCUUUAAACCAUGAUUGCUGAGUGGAUGGACAAUCCAACAUUUGGUAAAGGCCAGCUUCUUCAUCAUUUAAUAUCCUAAUAAUGUGUAACUGACCAUUUUUUAAACAAUUUAAUUGAAAGACAAUAAACCACCAAAAAGAAUCAUCGCCCAUCCCUUGCUGUCAUUGAGUGAUCCGUCUUAUCGGACCUCAUCUCAUUACUAGAUGUAGGAUGUGAAACAGUGUCGCUUUGUUUUAUGUCAUUCUUCACGACUUCCUGUCAUCAGUUGACUGGUUCAAGCAAAUAAAUAUAGAAAUAACAUCUAAAGAAUAUAAAUAACAGCAGUCCUAUUGUAUGUCCUAUUGAGACGCUGGAUGUAUUAGAGUUUAUUGCACAUACAGUGUUUUCUCUUCAUACAAUUUAGAAAAAAGUUGAUUGGACUCUUUAGCACUGUUUUCAUAAACAAUGAAUCAAUUUCAAACAUUGUGGAAAUCCUUGUGGUCUGUUCAAUUUUUUUUUCCAUUAUUAAAACAUUGAAUCAGACCUAUUUCAACCUAUUUCAUUUGUGCUUGUACUAUUGUUUAAUUGUAAAACGUUGUUGGGGUUACAAAGCUUUUAAGACUGCUGGUCAGUCAGGCAUCUAUUGUCACACAAACUGGUUAAAUAAGGAACGUACAGUAUGUGUAAUAUUUUUAUUAUAGUAUAAUUCCUAUUGAUUUAUUUAUUCAUUGACAUAUAACAAAAGUACUACUAAUAGUAAUAAUGAUAAUGUUGAUUGUAGAGCACUUUUUGGAAAUAAAGUUUACAAAAAGCUUAACUUAAGUCAACUAAAACCAAACUAAACAAAUUGAGCAGUUUACAGGUGACAAUAACAAAGGUUUACCACAUGAAUAAAAAUCAAAUGAGCACAGCUUUACGCGUGUGUGUAAUCAUCAACAUAAAAAAAAAAAAAAAAGAA